AUGAAGAAAGAGCACGGAUACAAGCCAAUUCUCGCCGACGUUCUCGAGGAAGAGAAAGAAGAAGGGAUGUGCUUCCACAGCGAGAAGCUUGCGAUUGCCUGGGCGGCGAGCGAGACGGCAACGGGGCCAAUAACUGUGACCAAAAACCUCCGUGUGUGUCGGAAUUGCCAUAGCGCUACUAUGGCAAUGUCCAAGAUCAUAGGACGCAAGAUUGUGGUGAAGGAUGCCGCGACUACGCACACCAUCGUUGACGGCCGCUGCACUUGCAAUGUGGACUUUGGAAAAUACAAGGGUAAGCGACUUACAGAUCUUCUUCACGUUUAUCUUGAAUGGAUGUCAACUGAAAUGUACACCCAUUGGGGUCGUCAUGCGAAGGAGCUCUUAUCAAGAUGUCCUUCCAACUCACAUACUAUGAUUGAUGGGAAGAACAUCCAUUCUGUAGAGACGCUGAAGAAGAUGAUCAGGUCGCGCAAAGAUUUAGAAGAAGCAAAUAGAAUCCGCGAAUGUGUUCGUCAAAGCAGUUAUCGGAAUGACAAGUUUGUGGCAAAUCUGUUGAUUGAGAUGUUUGGAUCAUGUGGGAGUUCAGACGAUGCUCGUUUGGUGUUUGAUGAAAUCAAGCAGCCAAACAUCUACUCUUGGAAUAUUAUGCUUAAAGUAUACACUCAAAACGGCCGGGUAGAAGAUGCUUGGAUCUUGUUCGAGAAGAUGGAAGCCAAGAGUUUGGUGUCUUGGAACAUCAUGUUAGCAGCUAUGGCUAAAAAGAAUCAACUCGUUGAGACAAAGGAGUUUUUCAAUCAAGUGCCCGAAAAGGAUGAUUACUCAUGGACCAUACUCUUGGGUGCAUACAUGGAUUAUGGGGAAGUAGACGAGGCAAGGAGAAUUUUUGAUGGGCUGAAGGUGGCAAACGUUGUUACAUUGAACACAAUGGUCCAAGGGUAUGCCUAG